AUGAACAAAGAGAGUCCAAGUGCGACAGGACUAAAGGAUUUGAAAAUCAGCGUCCCAGCCGUGGUGCGAUCCGGUGACACAGUGACACUUUCCUGUCACUACGAUUUAGAGGGGCUACCAUUGUAUACGAUACAAUGGUAUCUCGAAGAAGCAGAAUUCUAUCGAUACCUACCGGAGCGAGAGCCACCGUAUAGCACAUUCAAUAUCGAUGGAGUACACGUAAAUGUUUCCAAAUCGAAUUCGUUCGACGUGACAUUGGUCGACGUAUCGAGGAAGCUGACGGGGAUGUACAAAUGUGAAGUGUCAGCAGGCAGCCCGACGUAUCACACGCUAAUCGAGAGGUCUAGGAUGGAAGUGGUAGAUGCACCGAAAACAGGCCCAACGAUUGACAUUCAGAAGGAGAGGAUCUCGAUGGGUGAAUUGCUUCAGGCGAACUGCACCACAGGCUACUCGAGACCCGCCUCCACAAUUAUAUGGAAGUUGAAUGGGGAUCUCAUCGCAAACGACAGCAUGACAUACAGAACCAGAUACUUAGCCAUUCCUCAAGACGAUGACUCGUACGUAUCGAAAUCGACCAUCGACUUCAAGGUGGCGGAAGACAUGUUUCGGAACGGUCGAUUGCACCUACGAUGCACCGCCUCUAUAGCGGACGUCUAUAGGAAAUCCGUUGACAUCGAAAUUACCGAGGAUACACCGCGCAUCGCUUCGAUCAAAGGAGAAUCACCACAACAAGGACUUGGAAACAGCUCUGCUGGACUGAGCUUCACCUGGACUACUUUGACGAUGACAAUUCUCAUAACUACCAUCGUGUUCCUGGUCUCUUCAUCGAUGUCGAUCACUGCCGCCAACAGGUAGCCUGUACGCGUUCGUCAGGCCACUGCUACAAUUGUUUGAUUCUACACAACACAACUAAGAAGAGGAAGAGAGAAGCGAAAAUGAAACAUCGUCCAUGUAAAACCUAGUAGUCUAGGGCUUCCAAUUAUGUACGUUACUAUGUAUGGAUUAGAUAGUUCGAAUAACAGUUGAUUUUUAUUAAGAAUGGGCCUACGCGUUAAACGGGAGAUCAGAACGAAAGCAAAAGAGUAUCGACAUCGAACAUGAAUAUCCAGCGAGAAUCAUAAUCGCCCAGGCCCAGACAUCAUUUUAUUUUCAAGCAACGCAACGCACGCGUUAGUAGCUAUUUUCCGAUGGCAGACCUUGUAAUAGAGACAAGUGGAUAACCCGAGCGAUGAUGCGUUUCCUCGAUCGUGUUCUUUUUUCUAGGAUUAGAUAUCCGAUGCAAAGAUGAAAAGUAUCGUGAAUCCGAACGCGUGCAUAGUAAAAUGCAAUUAAACAGGGGAGAAAUAGCGGAAUGGAAAUUGGAUCUGCGAGAGAAUGAAAGAAUGGUAUCUCUCUUAAAUUGCAGCCUCCUGCACGCGGUGUAUGUCCCAGGAAUAAAAAAAAUUGUGUUUAUCAGUCGUUCUCCUCUAGCUUCAUUUUCCAUUUUCGUCCACGCUGAUAAAUAGCUGUUAUUGUUGUUGUUGUUGUUGUUGCAUUUCUUACAUACAUAUAUUUCAGUAGGACUGUUUUCCAUUUUUUUUGCGCAUAUGUCUAGCGACCCCAGUGUUCAUUAAGUGCAUCAAGAAUAUAUAAAGGUACGUACAAGGGUAAACUAAUAUUAUUGUAACUGACAAUGAGUGCGACAACGUUUGCACAGCGACGUGCGCCGUUCUAUUCAAUAUUCUCUCCUUUCAAAGUGUUUAACGAAGAACAGGACACAUACAUAGAUACCGGUUUGUAAUCUGUACAAAUUGUAAUAAAUUACCAUACGAAAUGAGAUUCAAUCAA